GGAAGUGUUUGGUGUUUACGGAAACGCCUUUCAUCUAUGGAUUCAGCACGUCUUUCAACCCUAACCCCAACAGUUUCGUUAACUUCGGCAAUUUUUACUGUAAUUUGGUACUCUGCGUUAGUUUCUUGCGGUAGAUAGAGGAGGCUGUCAACAUGUGGGACCAUGAAAUCCGAGCCAUGGCGUCCACUCACGCCAUCAUCGCAUCGUCGGUGUUCAUGGCCACCGUCUUACUGGCGGUGUUCGUGCCGGGCUUCUCCGUGUACGGCAUGCACCUGCUGUGGAUCUACGCGGUGUCCGGUGCGGUGACCGCUGUCAGUGUGUCCGUGUUCUGGCUGCUUGGCAUCUCACCGCCCACGAAAAAGCACACACUGGGAUACAAGCUGUCCAGGCUGUUUCGUUCCUGUUUGUACUUCUUGCUGUCUUGCCUGUUUUUCCACACUGUGGUUGUUCUGUAUGGAGCUCCACUAAUUGAGUCUGCUUUAGAGACGUUUUCACUUUCUGUGCUGCUGACCUCCCUGACCACUCUGAGGUGUCUCUGUGUCCUUGGCCCACACGUCCAGGCCUGGAUAAGAGUGUUCAGUCGACAUGGAGCUAUGUCUGUGUGGGACACCGCUCUGCAGAUUACAGUGGCUUGCACACUGAUCGGUGCCUGGCUGGGAGCGUUCCCCAUACCUCUCGACUGGGAUAGACCCUGGCAGGUUUGGCCUGUUUCCUGCAGUGUAGGUGCCAUGAUUGGCUACCUGACCGGGCUAGUUGCUGCUCCAGCUUGGAUCCACUAUCAUCGUAAACAUCUCACAUACAAAUGCAAGUGAUGGGAACACAUUUGGUUUUGACAAUUGUGUUUGUGUGAAGAUCGCCGUGGGAUUGGGAAUCGACUUUUUGCUGAUUAUUUAUGGAGGCGGUUCAGGGUGAAGCUUGUAAAUGAUUUUGUAACAUGCUUUUUGUACAAGGGGAUAUCUUUGACAAGAAUAAAACAUUAUUCAAUGAACAGUGUGCAAUUACUUUGGAUUUAUUUUAUUUUAAAAGGUAUUCGUUUUUUAUUGAAACUUCCUCAGCACCAGUGAUGUUUUUUUUCUUUUAACCUGAAUCCUAAAAUGCUCACACCUGUAGGUGGCGCUGUUGCAUCAUAACUUUUGUGAGUGUUUCAUCCCAUUCAAAAUAAAGAUGAACAACAGAGCUUCAUUUGUAAAGAAAAAUAAACAC